AUGGUCUCCGUGCCCACCGCCUGGUGCUCCGUCGCGCUAACCCUACUCGUGGCCCUGCACGAAGGGAAGGUCCAGAGCGCUGUGGCCACGGAGCAGCCACUGCCCUCAGCCCCUGCCUGGGGCGCCCACCUGCGGCCUCGGCGGUGCUCCUGCAGCUCCUGGCUCGACAAGGAGUGUGUCUACUUCUGCCACCUGGACAUCAUCUGGGUGAACACUCCAGGACAGACAGCUCCUUACGGCCUGGGAAACCCGCCAAGACGCCGGCGCCGCUCCCUGCCAAGGCGUUGUGAGUGCACCAGUGCCAGGGACCCUGCCUGUGCCACCUUCUGCCAUCGAAGGCCUGGUAGGGCUGAAGCCAUGGCAGUCACUGGCAGUGGGUUCCAUUCCAACACAUUCCAGGCUGGCAAGACAGACGUCUCCUCAGGAGAGCUCCUCCAGAGACUAAGGGACAUUUCUGCAAUCAAGAUCCGCCUUGCCAGGAUGCAGCAGAAGACAACAAAGGAGCCCAGGCCCACACAUCCCAGGUGGAGGAAGAGAUAG